CUGUCAUUCUGCCCAACUGUUUCCCCAUUUCUGAAGCGACUGUAUUUCUCGGUAAACAGAUGCAGCUCUUUUGCUGGUUAGUCGCAAAAAAGUUAUUGUUUUCGGGCCAAUUACGUUGAAACCUGUUCAAUAAUUCGCUACUGUGACAAUCGGUGGUUCAUAUUUAUGCUAGAGUUUUCCUGCUCCAGACACAAUGGAAAAGAUUCGAACCAAACGUGCAGCAGAUUCUGAACACGGUAAAGCGUAUCCUGUUGGGGUGAAGAUAGUAAUAAAAGAAGAACCGCUAGACGACGACAUCUUGCAUGGUCAUACACAAGUACUGCGUGAAGAAUGUAUGGUAGAAAGUCAAACCGGCGACGGUACUUCGGACAACAGCGAUGUUCAAGAUCCAUUAUUAAAUCUUGCGCCCCAAACGGAUGUCAAGAUGGAAAACUUGGGUGCCCUAGGAAACGGUAUUGGAGUGGCAGAAGAAAUCGCUAAUGUUGCUGGUUCAAGUGCAACAAAGAGAAAGCAUAGUGAUGCAAACGAAUUACAAGACGAUAUUGGUACUGCGAAGACUAAUCCUCAUGAAAACCUAUACUUCGCUCGCGAAAUGUUUAUCAACAGCUGUCACAUCUGUGGUAGGAAAUAGUGGAACUCAGCACGAAAUCGGCAGACAGGCAAAAGAUAUUCUACUUAUCAGUACCGUGGAAGCUGAAAACAGUAUUUGCAUUAAAAUAAUGUUUCACUUCGUGGAUAUGAUUUUCAAUAUGCCUCAAUUUACAUUGAGAUUCACCGAACUUUGUAUCUUGUUGAAAAUCAUGUUGAAGAACAGUUAUUGUGAUGCAAAUACUUAUGCUUACAGUAUUUUCAUGGUAAUUUUUUAAUAUGAACAGCUUUGUUAAUCACUCUUAUAAUGUUUUUCUAUCAGUAUUCGCAUCACAAUAUUUUUUUCAGUUCUUCAACAUAAUUUUCAACACGACACAAAGAACUGCCAAACUCCUGCAUCCAGAUUGUAGUGUGUUGAAAAUCAGGUAGAAGAACUGACGAAUAUCGAUGCACAAUGCUGUUCCCAUUGGAAAGUGACUCGGAAAACUCUGUAUAACUUUCCGUUUGGCUCACAUAUGAAAAUCGAUGUAGGAUUGUUCUCAAACGGAAAGAUAGAAAUUUGCAUUAAUUGAUCCAAACGGAGACAAAAUUGCUCCAACUACUUUACGCCAACUUCCUGCAACGACAAACAAAAUCAUCAUUUUUGUGCCCAUUUAUUUUGUGAAUGUGUGAACUUGGUGAAUAAAUUUAAGUAAAAAAAUGGAACUGUGGGAUGCAAGAACCACCAAAGUUCAGUACAAAAAGAUGAUAGAUAUAAUGGAAACUGCACCCGACAUCGCUCGUGCGCUAUCCAGAGGAAGCCAAACCCAAUUUUGGGAGGAACUAACCACCCAACUUAACGCACUGGGACCCCCAGUUAAAACCGUUGGAACGUGGAAACGGGUAUGGUUUGAUUACAAGUGUGCUGUAAAGAAAAAGUUACUCGAUAAUAAAAAUGCGUUAGCAGCAACAGGGUAUGGUAGACGAUUCGGCACUAAAACAUUGAAUGAAUUGGAAGAACGCGUUGCCACUAUCAGCAACUUAAGAUCCAUCGUGGUAGGAAAUGGUAGACCUCGGUAUGAAAUCGACAGACAGAUAAAAGAUAAUCAAUUAAUCUGUAACAUGAUAGCAGGAAACAAGAACAUCACUAGUGAGGACAGUUCUGAAUAUGAAAAGGAUGACGAUUCACUACCCACAAGCUUAAUAACUAGUCGUAAACGCAAAUACACUGACAUUGUGGUAGGACAUAGUUUAACUCAGUACGAAAUCGGCAGACAGGCAAAAGAUACUCAGCGUAUCAGUAACGUGGAAGCUGAAAACAGUAACAUUACCAGCGAGGACAAUUCUGAACACGAAAAGGAUGGAACUCCUGCUGUACACAUUUCACGACCUACAAGAUUAAAAAGAAGCCGUAAACGUAAAAAUACUGAAGCGGUUUUACAGCAAAAUAAGGAGAUGCUAGUCAUGAUGAAAAGAUUUGUAGAAAUUCAAGAGAAAUCCUUCAAGUUACAAGAAAAGACGAAUGACCUUCUUGCCGAAUGUACUAAACAGCUUACAGUCUGCAACAAUCUAUUGGCAAAACAAACCAAUAUGUCAACCAAUCCUUAAAGAAAAAACUGCACAAAAUAUAUAAGCUAAUGAGCAACAAUUA